CGCCGCAGGGCCAGGCGGUGUGUCGAAUGCAGGAGGGCGUUCCGCGCAAUCUACUCAAGCGAAAGUAUUGCCUAAAGAUGCGAGUGCAGUCCCAACUUCGCCGGGGUCUGCCGGAGGUCCCGAAACUCCAACACUGGACGUUUUUGGGUCGGCGGGAUUGCGACCUUCCAACUUGGCAAAUAUGCCGCCUUGGGUGCCCACGGAGAGGGAUGAAUGGAACAUAUCCAGUGCAAAUAUGUCGGGGGCUGGAAGAGUGCAAGAGUUUGUUAUGAUGCAUGCAUCGUGCGGACCAGGACCACACAUAUGGUCUAGAAUACACAGAAAAGCAAAAGCAUCACAGAUUUUUUGCCGAGGCCUUCCCGAAGAUGUAGACGCCUCUCGCGCAAUAAAGAAGCAGGAGCAGCGACUUUUCUGCUGUCGUGGAGCUGUUGUACCUGUAGAAAGUGGAUCAAGUUAUCCGCCGAGGGUUAGCGGUAAGAUCGGCAGAGACCAGUACGUAGAGCUGUUCUAACGCCAACCCGCCACCAGGAGUUAAAUGGUUCCUAUUACUGCUAGUACUUGAUUCCAAGCAAGAAGUGGGCAGUGUUGUGGUUCAUGGAACACAGAGUCGCGAUGCUUCUGCCAUCGAGACUUUGCACGGCAAGCUGCAUCCUUCCUCCAGAUCUAGACAUAUCAAUCGGCAAUGCAUAGAACCCCGAGCGAUACAAUACCACGGCGGCCUUGCGGCGUUCGUUGGAGAGCGUGCGGUUUCUCAUGGAACUGCCACACAGCCACCGGAAUUUGCCACCGGCGCCGAACCUCCCAGACUUCGCCGGAACUUGGGUCGAGUAUAGCAACCGGGGCUUGCCGCGGGUGCGACAGCUACUGCCGCUCGUGAAUAAAAAGUUGCUCAAGAAGAAUAGCAGCGGAGUCGAAACUUGCAAAGUGAGCUUCCAUGCCAAGGCCAUGGUGCUCGAGAGCUCCUUUGUCGAUCAACAAGCCAUCACCCUGGAUGAUCUGCGAGUGUGCAUGCACGACCGCCGGCUAUGCAUUGCAAAUAUGUUGUCUGGGUGGUCUGGAAGGAUGGAACUUGUGGUGCUGCAUUUCGGUUCUCUACUGCACGAGCAGCAUAAGGCAUACUUACACCACAGGGACAGACAUGAUAGGUCAUGCAAAACGCGCGGGACAGAAGAAAAAGCUCAGUCCUCUUGUUGACCGAUACAACAUGUUUGCAGUUCAUGUCGGCUCACAGCUUACAGCAGCACCAGCGGGCGGACGCUUUUCUGGUCCAAGUGGAGCAAGGAUAAGCGAGUACUUAGGCGAUUUUCAUGAUAUAUAUUUAUGCACAUUUCGACAUCUUCGACAUCGCUCACUGUUCUUCUUUCGUGCCGCUGUUGUUGCUGUCGGAUCCUUAUCAUCGCUUCGCAACUACAGCUGGGUGGCAGUCGAUGCUUGUCAUAUUCAUCGCCAACCUGAUAUUAACGAAAAAUACGUAAUCCAAACUUAACGAUAUCUCAGUGCUCCCUGCAGCGCGUGGUCGAGAACGAUAGUUUGGUGUUGCACUGCGAGCAUUUCUUGGUCCACUGCGAUAGCAACAUGCUUGCGGGUUCCGCCUGUGACGUCCGGGAGCGGAAAGGCGUUCGUAUUGAGCAGCUUGUGGAGGACUGGAACCAGAAAUGGUUCUUGUGCCGCCGGUACAUCGUCUGUGCGUCGGAUGGGGGUUUGGAGGAGGCGACUUGGGACCGGUUUUUUAUCCGCGCCUCGGAUACCAAAAUCGCGGCCGCGAAGGAAGCGUGGCGCAACGCGGCCUCGGCGGCUAAGGCAAAGGUCGCGGGGGCGAGGUUGCUGCCUGCUGUGAAAGAUAAACCAAUCGUUUCUGUGGCAGGAGGAGAUGCGCGACGUGCAGCUGCGGACCAGCAGUCCGCAGAGGUGCCGGGAAUGACUACUUCUGGGGACGAUCAAGGGAGUGCGUCAAAAAUGCCGGUCGCAAAUACUUCAGCAACCCUUCUUUUCACGCCUUCUGCUACUUCGAGCACGAGUACAACCGCCUCGAAUCCUCCUGGCCCAGCAACAGCCAGCAGUAAGAAGAAGCGCGGGUCGUUCCUGCAGCGAUGGUUCGGGGUGGGUAAUAGUGCAACUACGGCAAACAACUACAGCAAGGUCGUGCCAGAUCCGGAUCGAAGUGGUUCCGCCGCCAUGAUUCCGGAAGCGCUCGACGACAGUGCGCUACUUGGGAUAUGAAUUGUAAAAAUGUCUGGGUCUGGAAACUUGCGAUGCUAAAAUAUGCAAGAUGAAAACAUGACAACUUUCCAGCACGCUUUCUCAUAGGCAAUCCGCAUGAGAGACUGCGUGUUUGCAUGUACAAAAGAGGCUGCGCCUUUUGGUGGUUGUGCAAUACAGAUUUCCUAGGUAUGAAAAGCUAGCAUUACAAGUUCCAACCUUCCAGACCUAGACAUAUUUGCAAUCCAUAUGGGACGGCGAGUGUCGAUUUUUCUGCGACAACCUCCAUGCCGAUGAUGGAGUAUGACCUUCCGGCCCUCCUCCAGGACGAAAAUGCAUUCAUAGCAUCUUCGUCUUUGCAGCUGAAACCCGCGG